AUGUGCGGCAUAGCUUUGGCUAUAAUUGAGUCGGACAAGGCCCAUAAAGGGUCGCCGCUCGGUGAUUACACUGAUAUUUGGAGAAACUUGUGCUCUGCAUGCAUAGAACGAGGCCCAGAUUGGUCUGAUUCUACAACUGUCUUGAACGAUGGACUAGACACCGUAUUCUUUUCUUCGGUGUUGCAUCUUAGAGGAGUGGAUGGACGUCGAGGACUCACUCGUCAACCCCACAUCAGCAAUGAUGGAUCUAUUUUUGCUUGGAAUGGAGAGAUAUUCCAUGGUAUACCCGUCAGACACGACGAAAACGACGGGCUAAAGCUUUUUAGCUUGAUUGAAAAAAGCCGAGGAGAUAUAGAUUCUUUGAGGGAUAUCCUAUCGGAAUUAGAGGGCCCAUAUGCGUUUACUUAUUUGCACAAACCAAGCCGAACGCUCCACUUCGCUCGUGACCCGCUGGGUCAGCGGUCGCUGCUCCUUCACCUCCCUACUCCAUCAGAGCCUAUCUUCUUCUUAUGUUCUGCAUCAAGCCAUAGAGGGAAAAUUUUCGAGUGCGUACAAAGUUUGACGUUCACUCCACGAAGCAACUCGGUGUUUGACGGAUGGAAGACGCUCAAUCGCGAGAUGCCAUCCGAGACCUCGAGCCCUCUCUCUCUGGAGCAAAUAGAUGACUUUAUUUCUCAGCUAGACAAUAGCGUUAGGUCUCGCGUCGAAAAUAUCCCAAGCAACAAUGUGGAUUUACUUCAAGACCAAAAGCCGGUUGCCCGUCUCGGUGUGUUAUUCUCAGGAGGCAUUGAUUCGGCAAUCGUAGCUUACCUGGCUGACCGGCAUAUUCCCCGUGAUGAACCUAUCGAUCUCCUCAACGUAGGUUUUGAAAAUCCACGAACUCUCAGCGCUUCGCAAAAUCAAGCCGUCCAAGAGGCCAGAGCCCAAGGAAAGCGUGACAAAAAGGAACGAAAGAAGAGCACUCAUGCGCUAGAGAUUCCAGCAAAGCCUCCUGUUUUAAGCGUUGAUAGGCUUCCAAAAAUGGGAACGUAUGAUGUCCCGGAUCGACUUACGGGCUUAGAGCAGCUUGAUGAACUACGCAGGCUAUGCCCUCAUCGUAGGUGGAACUUUGUUUGCGUCAAUGUCCCGUAUGAUGAAUGUAAACAAGAGGAGCCCAGAGUAACGGCGCUUAUGCAUCCCUCUAAUACAGUUAUGGAUCUGAGUUUAGCAAACGCUCUUUACUUUGCCUCUAGGGGGAAAGGGGUAAUUUAUGGAUCUGAGGAGGAUGUUUAUGUGACCCCUGCAAAGCUUCAGCUAGACUUGGACAGACUCCCGGCCCGAAAUUUAGGACGAGACGAUCGAGUAAUCUCGGCCAAUGGUCGCGAAUCUCGUUACCCGUUUCUUUCUCUGGUUCUUGUUUCUUAUCUCGCCCAACUUCCAGUGCAGAUCAAGGUCGAUCCACGGCUCGCGCUUCAGGAGCAAGGGCUGGGUGCGGGGCUAGGUGAUAAGACACUUCUUCGGCUCGCUGCGGAGCGUCUGGGGCUCAUGCUGGCUAGCAGGAGAACCAAGAGAGCAAUGCAGUUUGGAAGUCGAAGUGCACGGAUGGAUAGCGGUACUUCCGAAAAAAAGGGGCAUGUUGUGCUUGAGUGA